AUGAAUACUGAGGAAGGAAUGAGAAAUCCUCAUGACACUGAAUGUACUGAAGGAGUUCAGGGUUUGAAACUCAGAGCCGUUUCUGAUGAGGUGCCAAUUUCCAAUGGGAAUGUUGUUACUGAAGAGGCUCGACAUUUGAGUAGUCAAGCUGUGAAUGAUGGGUGUUAUUUUGAUAUGGGAGCUGAGGAAGGAGUGAGCAGUCCUGGUAACACUAAAUGUGCUGAAGGAAUUCGGUGUUUGAAACGCAAAGCCUUUUCUGAUGAGGUGCCGAUUUCCAAUGGGAAUGGUGUUGCUGAGGAAGCUCGACACAUGAAUGAUGGGGUGGUAUUUGCCGUUGGAAAUGGUGUUGGUGAUGUGGCUGGGGUUUUGAAAAAUGAAGUAUUGAAUAAUGGGGUAAAUGGAAAUGGUGUAUUUGAAGAGGAUCGGCAAUCGAAAAGUGAAGCCAUGAACAAAGGGAUGGUAUUUGGCUAUGGAAAUGGAAUUACUGAUGUGGCUGGGGUUUUGAAAAGUGAAGUGUUGGAUAAUGGGUUUAAUGGAAAUGGUGUAUUUGAAGAGAAUCGACACUCAAAAAGUGAAGCAAUGAACAAUGGGGUAGUAUUUGCCAACGGAAAUGGUGUUAUUGAUGUGGCUGGAGUUUUGGAAAGUGAAAUGUCGAGUAAUGGGGUAAAUGGAAAUGGUGUAUUUGAAGAGGAUCGACACUCAAAAAGUGAAGCCUUGAAUGAAGGGGUGGUAUUUGCCAAUGGAAAUGGUAUUAGUGACGUGGCUGGGGAUUUGAAAAGUGAAGUAUCGAAUAGUGGGGUGAAUGGAAAUGGUGUUAUUGAAGAGGGCGGAGUUUUGAAAAGUGAAGUAUCGAAUAGUGGGGUGAAUGAAAAUGGUGUUAUUAAAGAGGGCAGGGUUUUGAAAUGUGAACCUAUUAGCAAUGGGGUGCCAAUUGCUGAUGGGUUUGAUUCUGGUGACGGGGGCUCUGGUGGGCUUACAUGUCUUCAAACUUACAAGAGGCGAAAAUAUGAUAAGUCAAGCUCAAAAGGCAAAGCUCAGGAGGAUUGGAGAAAAUGUGUGGAAACUGCAAGUCAUAUAGCAGACCAGUCUGUGAAGGAACCCCUUGAUGCAACUUUAGGCAAUACUGCAGAUGAUUGUGCCCAUAGACAUUGGGGGAAUGAUGUACUAAAGCAUUUAUAUGAGUCAUUAGGCAAUGUCGAUGGUGGCAUAGAGGGGGGCAUAGGGCAAGCACUAAUUCACCAUCCUCAAAGAAGUUGUGCCGCCACUUUUAUGCAGGGAACUUCUACAACUGACAAAGAUGGACAUGCAUUCUCUUCACAAUUUGACCACUUAUCUCAUAGACCACAGACUGAAGCUAAUGGGCAUGCAUGUGCCAUGCAAAAUGGAUCUUCUAGUGAACCGCAUGGUGUGACUGAGAAGUGUCAGCGCGUGCUCCACGAUAUAUUAACCUCAGAAAAAUUCAAUUCAUUACGCAAGACUUUACUUGAAAAUUUCCAAGGAAUAAAGCUUGAAAGUGUAUUUGAUUUUAGUGUCAUGAACUCAAGGAUGAAGCAGAAAACUUAUGAACAAUCACCUGUACUUUUCUUGUCAGAUUUUCAACAGGUCUGGAGAAAGCUUCAAGAUGUUUGUAAUGAGAUCUCUGCUCUUUCUAAAAGCCUCUCCAUCAUGUCAACAACUUCCUACUCUCAGCUGGUUGGAGUUUCAGCGCAGAGCACAUUUAAAGAUGAAAAACAAGUGGAAUCGGACUCAUACAUGAACCCGGAGCAGACAGAAGAAUGCACUACCUAUAAAAUUUGCCGUUGCAGUCGUUGUGGAGAAAGGGCAGAUGGUACAGACUGUUUGGUGUGUGAUUCAUGUGAGCAGGUUUACCAUUUGUCCUGUAUUGAGCCCGCAGUGAAAGAAAUACCUCACAAAAGCUGGUAUUGUGCUAAUUGCACCACUAGUGGCUUUGGAUCUCCGCAUCAGAAUUGUGUAGUAUGUACGAGAUUGAAUGAUGUAAUAACUCCAAAGAAAAUAAUUGGUGAUGAAAGCCUCACUACAAAUGAGGAAACACUUAAUGAAUUUCAAGAGAAUUCAAAUUGCACCUAUAGGGUUCAAGUAUCUAAAGAUGAGGAAAAAACACUGGAUUGCAAAGUGUGUGGAAAUGAAGUCCUAGUUGAUGGUGAAGAUUUUAGAAUAUGUCGUCACUCUUUUUGCCCAAGUAAAUACUACCAUGUAAGGUGUUUGACAAGCAAGCAAUUAAAUUCAUAUGGUCGUUGGUGGUACUGCCCUUCUUGUUUAUGCCAAGUUUGCCUCAUCAAUAUAAACGACAAUCAAAUUGUCCUCUGUGAUGGCUGUGAUCACGCGUAUCACAUCUAUUGCAUAAAACCUCCUCUAGCUUCUAUUCCUAAAGGGAAAUGGUUUUGCAAAAAAUGUGAUGCUGGAAUCAAGGCAAUAUCCCAGGCAAAAAAGGCGUAUGAGAAUAGCAAGCUGAGAACCGAUGACAGUGUUUCAAAGCCAAAAGCUAAUAAUGAAAACAGUUGCAACAAUAAAUGUGUAGAAGAAUUGGAAAGUGUUGGAGGAAUGGACAUGCUUUUAACUGCUGCCAAUUCUCUGAAUUUCGAAGAUAAUUUGACCGAAAACCAGUUUGAGUAG